AUGGCUUCCGACGCUGCAGUUUCAAGUAUCAAAGUUAUGAACCAGAAUCUUAUCAAGUUGGAUCGCUUUGAGGGAACCAACUACACCAGAUGGCAAGAUAAGAUGGCGUUCCUACUGACUGCCCUCAAGGUUCACUAUGUCUUAGAUCCUAACGUAACACCGAUUCCUGAACCAACCAAAAAUGACUCUGAAGAAGUCAAGAAGGAGCGCAAGAGACGUAAGGAGGAUGAACUACUAUGUCAUGGACAUAUUCUAAAUACACUGUCUGAUCCUCUCUACGACCUCUAUACCAAUCCGUCUGCAACAAAAAUAUGGAAAGUACUCGAGUUCAAAUUCAAGGCCGAAGAGGAAGACUCCAAUCCCAUUCUUUCCCAAGUGCAUGAGUUACAAGUCCUCAUGAAUAAAAUAAAAGCGGUGAAAAUAGACACCCUUGAGACUUUUCAAGUCGGUGCAAUCAUUGCAAAAUUACCACCUUCGUGGAAAGGCUACAGAAAGAAAUUAUUGCACAGUUCUGGGGACUUCUCUUUGGAGAAAAUCCAGAAAUAUCUUCGAAUUGAGGAGGAAUCGAAAGAGAAGGAGAAAUCAAAAUCUGCGGGUCUUUCUAAAGCUAAUGCUGUGACCACCAAAGGAAAUAAGAAACAUGAUGGCAUGAAGAGUCAUCUUGGACCAAAAAAGGAACAUAAUAAGUUUAAGAAUUCCGGCAGUCAGAAGGGUCCAAAAAGAGGAUGUUUUGUUUGUGGAAAACCUUGA